GCGGCCCUGCGGCUGCGCCCUGGCCCCAGGACGCGGCGAUGGCAGCUGCGGCGGUGGCGGCCCCCGAGAUCCUUCGGGAAUGCGGCUGCAAGGGGAUCCGGACCUGUCUGAUCUGUGAGCGGCAGCGCGGAGGUGACGCGCCCUGGCAACAUCCACCGCAGAAAACACACCGUUUCAUUUACUACUCUGACACUGGCUGGGCCGUGGGAGCCGAGGAGUCUGACUUCGAGGGCUGGGCCUUCCCCUUCCCGGGUGUGACGCUGAUAGAGGACUUCGUGAGCCAGGAAGAAGAGGCCGAGAUGGUGCAGCUGAUGGACCGGGAGCCCUGGAAGCCCUCACAGUCAGGACGGAGGAAGCAGGACUACGGCCCCAAAGUCAACUUUCGGAAGCAGAAGCUCAAGACCGCUGGCUUCAGAGGCCUCCCCAGCUUCAGCCGGGAGGUGGUGCGGAGGAUGGGCCUCUACCCUCUCCUGGAGGACUUCCGGCCCGUGGAGCAGUGUAACCUGGACUACUGCCCGGAGCGCGGCUCGGCCAUCGAUCCCCACCUGGACGACGCCUGGCUGUGGGGGGAGCGGCUGGUGAGCCUCAACCUCCUGUCCCCAACCGUGCUGUCCAUGUCCCGGGAGGCGCCCGGCAGUCUGCUGCUCUGCCUGGCCCCGUCGGGCUUCCCGGAGGCCUUGGUGGAAGGUGUGAUGGCUCCCAGCAGGUCCGUCCUGUGCCAGGAGGUGGAGGUGGCCGUGCCCUUACCCCGCCGCUCUCUGCUCGUGCUCACGGGGGCUGCGCGCCACCAAUGGAAGCACGCCAUCCACCGCAGACACAUCGAGGCCCGCCGCGUGUGCGCCACCUUCAGGGAGCUGUCCGCCGAGUUCUCUCCUGGCGGGAAGCAGCAAGAACUGGGGCAGGAGCUCCGGCAAGUUUCUCUCUCCUUUCAAGGGAGGCCCAUGUGAGCCGCCUCCCGGGGACAGGAGCUGGUGCUGGGCCUGGCUGGGGCCACGGGCUCCAGAGUCGAUGAUGCGCCAGGACUGAAGCGGGGAAGCCCAGCACAAGGGUCUUUCUUCCCAGCCCGUUAGGUUUGAAGAGGAGACUGCGCGACACCCUGGGGCCGUGGUAGGGGGAGCCCUGGUCGGGAGUGCGUUUUGGUGGGAAUGUGUCUCAGGUCUGUCCCCUUUGACCUGCACCGUGCCCACUUGUUUGGGUUACUUAAUUUGCCACAGUUUGAGGGCAGUGGCAUAAUUUGAGCUUAAAAAUGUUGGUACCACUUGAAACCACUUUCCCCUUUCU